AUGAUGGGUAUUCCAGUGGUCGUAAUAGCAUUUGCAUUUCUGGCCGGAUGUCAAGCUCUCCCACUUAAUGAAAGUUACGACUGUCUGACCGACGAUGCUUGUGAAAAAAUCAACACCACUACGCGCUAUAACAUAAACAACAAACUGUACUGCUGUCAGCGCGGAGACGGUAUUAGGUUCACCAGUAGCCAAUUCACAUUUUAUAGUUCCGGUGGCCAGACUUCAAAUGUGACUUCAGACCAGUCUGUUGACACGACAGACGUCAACAAGCAAGAAGGACCAGCGGGUGGGAAGAUACAGAGAAAAAGCAGCUCCAACACUACGUGCAAGUGUGGAGCGGUAGACCAAAAGAAACUAGAUGAGGAGAUGUCAAAAUACUAUCAGGAAAUGUCGGAACACAUGCGUCAAUUGUUUGGUUGGUUUUGGCCCUUCUGA